AUGAAACAAAAUGUGGUCACUUUCCAUGAGAUUUAUAAUGGUAACUAUGUUGCUGGAUCAAGACCGGUGUCUGAUCCACUUGCUUCUGUAGGUCCAAACUUUCUCCUGAAAUCCAGCAAUCUACACGCCAAACGUGGCUUGAGUGAAACGCCAAGUUCCUCCACCAUAUGUGCAAUUUGUCUAGAUUCCUUAAUAGAAGAAGAAGCCUUCGAGUGGACAGGUUGCGCGCAUCGAUUCCACGAUUAUUGUGUGGAAAGUUUGUCAUGGGUUGGUGGAGCAUUGGAAGCUCCAACAUGUCCAUUGUGUAGAGCGCCUGAUGGGAGCCUGGGAGAAAGGCUAAGACGAUUACGAGCUGGCACUGCACGGCCAGCGCAACACUUCAGCAGCCUCAGGCCAGGCCCCCGGCUAGGUCUACCAUCCAACGGCCAGGAGUCCUGGGGAUAG